AUGAGCCAAGAUGAGCCAAUCUAUCUUUUGUCGUUGGACGGUGGAGGCAUCAGAGGGAUAUCAGAACUCGUCAUACUACACGAGAUUAUGAAGCGGCUACAGAAGUACUGGAGGGUUAGUUUGUCUUUCCAAUACACCGUGUUGCAAAGUUCCGCUAACAGCAGAUCGUUGGAAAGACUAAUUGCCAUCAUGUUAGGUCGCAUGGGUAUGUCGACUGAGGAAGCCAUCAACGCAUACGAAAGUUUUGCAAAGGACGUUUUUCGAAAGAAGAACCGCAGGCGGUGGUGGAACAGAACUUAUAAAGAGGAAACACUCGUCAAGAUCAUACAAGACAAUGUAACCAAGAAGAAGCUCGCAAAGACCACGAUGCUCGACGACACGAGGGAAAGGGGGCUCGCUUUUGUCUGCGCAGCCACAUAUGACGCCUACGAAGCCUACCUCUUCCGAACGUACAAAGGGAGCAGCAACUGCGCUCACAAUGUGGAAAUUUGGGAGGCGGCAAGGGCAACAUCAGCGGCACCGACAUUUUUCCACCCGAUCUCCAUCGAAGUCGAGGCGGAGAGGGACCAGUACGUCGACGGUGCCGUGACCUGCAACAACCCGGCUCGCCUUGUGUUGAGUGAAGCCGAGUCCUACUUCGGCCCGAGGAGGACGUUGGGCUUUCUUCUCAGCUUGGGCACCGGACUGAAAGUCUCCGAUAAAAAAGUCAAUGUGGUUCCUCAAGGACAGCUUGUAGAUCGUCCAGUCGUGGCCAGACAAGGCAGCGGCGCACUCUUCUCAAGAGGCACGAUAAAGAUUCUCAAGCAUGCCAAAGCAUCGCUGACUGAUUCCGAGCCUGAGCACCAAGCCCUAGAGCAACGGUUCCAGAAAACACACUACGCAUAUUGGCGGUUGAAUUUGGACCGGGGUGCUGCAGAUAUCAAGCUGAAUGAAUAUAAGAAAAUGGGGUUGUUGCGGGCGGCAACGGAGAGGUACUUACAGGACAUUGAAGUCUCUACCAGCAUCGAAAAGAUCGUCAGCAUGUUGCACAAGAAGGAGGGCGUCGACCUAUCUCUUGAUGCCGCAUGUCAUGCAGUUUCUGACGCAGCCUCGAAGCAAGCCCUUCAGCAAGAGGUUCAGAUCAACAGUAUUGCAAGCCCGCAAUUCACUGGCAGAUUAGACAUACUCAACAAGAUGGAACGACACUUUUACGAACGCCCUUCCGGAUCGUCGCCUAGAAGACACCUCCGAAUUUGGGGUAUGGGUGGAAUUGGGAAGACGCAAAUUGCCCUCAAAUUUAGAGACUUGUAUGGGUCGAGAUUUGAUCGGGUGUUUUGGAUUAACGCCGCCACGAAAGAUUCUAUCUUUGAGAGCUUCAGAUUGUUAACAGCUGAGAUUUUCGACGAAGAAGCUGGCAAGCCUAACAUCAAGAGAGUCCAGAAUUGGUUGGCGCAAAAUCAAACUGAAGAGUGGCUUCUUGUCUUCGAUAACAACGACACAAUCGACGUGAGCAACUAUCUCCCUCCGGGAAACACUGGGAAUAUCCUUUUCACCAGCAGACGGAAAGACAUGUCACCUAUCCUGGACGCCAACCAAACAAUCCCUGUCGACAUCAUGGAUGCAGAAGAUGCAGUCACACUAUUCCUCCGCGCGUCGCAAAGGCAACAGGCAAAGUCAGAAGAUGAUGAUGUCGAGAAGUACGGGAAGGCAAUCGUUCACGAGCUUGGAUAUCUCCCUUGGCCAUCGAUCAGGCCGAGACGCCGAAAAGACAUACUAGGGGACCCGCCUCUGUACCCAGGAGUGUUCGAGCACAACCCAGCUGUCUACGGUACAUUCGAGCUUUCCUAUGAUGCAUUGGAAAUGCAGUCAGUGGGAAAAGGUCGGAAGGGCCAGGCUGCUCUGAAUGCUCUUCGCGUCCUCAACAUCUUCUGCUUCUACCACAAUGAGAACAUAACGACGUAUAUCCUCAGUAGAGCAGCCACCAAUAAACAGAUGGAGACGACUUUCAUAAGCGGUGAAGAGGGUAGCAUCGCGCCGCUUCCAUUGCUCGACCUCACAGAAGAAGGUGACUGGGAUUCGACAAAUUUCAAUGACGGGAUUGCGAUGUUGAGGAGUUACUCUUUGAUCAAGAACUCUCUCCUGUACGAUGAAUCGUACUCUAUGCAUGUUUUGGUGCACUCUUGGGCUAGAGACCGAAUGAAGCCAGAAAUGCUGGUCUUCCAACGUAGAGCAGCCCGUGAGAUACUCUUCUUUUCCGUCGGGAGAAACAAUCGCCUCAUCGAAGAGCUCUUUGCCAGCCAGGUGCUGACACAUAUGCAGGCAUGUCUCGACCAGGGAGGCUCGGAGGAUAUCGAAUGGAUGAGACGAACGGAGCAAGAAGGCAAAUUCGCCCAAACACUUGCGUACCUGGGACUUUGGGACAAGGCCACCGCAGUCCUGGAGCAGAUCGUUGCCGGCAGGCAAGAAAAAUUGGAUUGCAAGGACUGGGCAAACAUAGCGGCAUUGUGGGAUCUGGCUAAAGUGUAUCGCCACUCUAGCAGGCUACGAGAGUCCGACAAAAUUUUCGGCUUGAUCUUGAAACUGCUUCCGGAAUGCCCUGACAAAACCAAAGUCAUCAGGCACAAUUUAAACAUCCAAUUCGACUGGCUAGAGUUGCUUAUUGUUCAAGCAGGAUACUUGCAAGCCAAGAUGUUGCUAGAAACCAUUAUGAAAAUAGCAAAGCCACAGGGGUGGACAUCUAAAUGGUACCACCGCGGCUUGGCAUCAUUAGCAACUAUCCUACGAAUGGAAGGCGAUACGGAGACGGCUGUCGCCCUGGAGAUGGAAGUUUACGAACACUGCAUCCGCGACGACAAAAUCGAACCGGGUCACCGCAACAUGAUGACCUCAAUGAACAAUCUUGCAGCAUUGCAUUCGGAAUGGGGGAUGCAUGAGGAAGCGCACCAACUCUGGUGUCAUUUUCUGAGCAAUGAAGAACGCCUCAGAGGCAAAGAGAACCCAAUCACCCUGCAGUCGAAGCGAAACGUCGCCACGGGCUGUGCAAAUUUGAACCGUCUUAAGGAGGCCGAGGAAAUCUUACGCGAGGUUCUAGAGGUCAGCGAAAGGGUUCUUUGGAGGACGCAUCUUGAUACGCUGGCAACAAUGGAUCAGCUGGCGGGCGUUUUGGCCCGGCGCGGUGAGACGGAGGAGGCCACUCGGCUUUGGGAGGAAUGCCUCGAAAGUUGGAGAUUAAAGGAUGAUGGUGCUGUUCUCGGGCUGGAGGACUUUCAGGCUGGUGGAAUCAUGCGUCCAAGUGGAUGGAGAUUUUAUUCUGUCAAGUUGGAGUUGGAAUUCGACACGCCUGUACUCAAGGAGAUUGCCGCCAAAAGUUUGCUUCUCUGGCGAGAGAGGGUUGCACGAAACCAAGGGCAAUCGUCUGUAAAAUACUUUCGUCAAAUUGAGGGAAAUAUCCCACAAUAUGAUCCAACGAAGCAGGUUAAGUCGGUGCCCAUUUUGCUGACAUUCCAAGAGAAGAAAGGUCACUCUUUGGAUAACAAUCGCUUUUCAAAUCAUAAAAUUGAGAUCUCGCUGUUAUGGAAUAGCCCCUUCUUCAACAGCCUCACAAGGCACAUUGUCUGCUGUACAGUGUACAAGGCUCUAUCGGGCACUGUAUGGAUCAUCUCAGUGACAUCGCAGGGGAAAAUGGCGAUUCACAUGACGAAAUCCCUAAACACUACUCACUAUUAUCUCGAACAACUUGCAUCGCGACUUCGCGCUUUCCUAUUCACUCAAUUGUCGCAGCCUCCGACCCGAAAACUUCAUCACCGCCAACACGACAUUAUGCGAUCUGCUUCAAUCCUGAGGAUGGCCUCGGCCUCCGUCUCAAAGGGCAAUGGCCUGAGGCCAACGCCGAUGGCCCUCUUGCCCCCUAUUCCGCUUUACCGUCGUCUUCUGCGCGCACACCGCAAGCAUCUUCCUUCCGAGAUGCGGGUGCUGGGUGAUGAGUACAUCAAGGCCGAGUUUCGUGCUCAUCGCACAGUAGAUAACCCGGCGCACCUGAUCGGUUUCUUGACCGAAUGGCAAUUAUACGCGCAAAAGAUUGAGGGCAACUCGUGGGUUGGCGAGAAGAUUGACCCCGUUAAGGUUGCCAAGAUGAGUGACGAACAAAUCGGCCAGCUUUAUGAGCUGAUGCAGGCAAUCAAAGAACGGCGUGAGUCAGGAGAGGGCGAGGAUCAAUCAUGA